CUGACGCACUAUUGGAGAUGAGCAUCCCAGUCCCGCAGGCUGUCAGGACGCACGCUCUCCAUCUCUCCCUCCCUCAGACUUACACCUCCAACUUCGACUGUAUCAGUCCGUUUUGCACAUAAUUUUCCAUUUUUUCUUUCUUUCUUUAUUUCUUUCUUCCCGUUUCCUAAUGUUUCACAUCGAGCUCUGCGUUUGGCGGUGAGGAACACAGUUGGCGUCUCCUGGUUGGGAAUUUACUCCGUUGGGAAGGACAGACGGAUGCGAUUAAUUUUUCAUCCACAUUUCUUCAUUUUUGGAGCUUCUUUCAUAACAUCUUGUGAGGAGUGCUUCAGAUUAAAGGUGAGAAGGGUGCGAAGUGAUCGGGAUGAUGGAUCAGAUCACGGACACCGAGAGGCUGUAAAUCUCCAUCUGCAUCCGGAGUCCUUGGAAUAUUCUUACGCGGGUGUUGAGUAGAAAAUUUGUGUCGGUUUGCGGUUAUAACCCGCACAAGCAGCGUGCCCACUGCAGGGGCUGCUGCGCCUUUUCCUUGAUAGGUGGACUACCGAGAAUCUCAGACGAGCCCGAAUCUGCCAUGCCCAAGCAGUGAGCGCUCGGUGGGAACUGAUUCAGCCACCCUGCUCGGUAGCAUGUCUCCAGCCCGGAGGGAGAUGUUCCUCCCAGCGGGGUGCCUGGUCCUCUCUGCUCUGCUGCUGCACCCUGCUCUGGCCAAGGUGUGCAACGACCGCACCAAACACGGACAGGACAACAGCUGGUUCACUAGAGACGGGGAGAACCUGCCCAUCAUGGUCCUGAUGCCCAUGAACGAGUCAGCCUUGAUGAGCAGCAUCAGCCAGGGGAUCGAACCUGCGGUCCAGCUGGCCAUCCAGCACAUACGGGAGUCCAGGAAGUACCCGUUCUCACUCAUCACCAAAAUCUACGACACUGAGUGUGACAAUGCCAAAGGACUCAGGGCCUUCUUUGAUGCCAUAUGCUACGGUCCCAAACACCUGAUGAUCUUCGGAGGCGUCUGCCCUUCUGUGACAUCAAUCAUCGCCGAAUCUUUGGAGGGCUGGAAUCUUGUGCAGCUGUCGUUUGCUGCAACAACCCCAGUCCUGGCCGACAAGAAAAAGUACCCCAACUUCUUCCGUACGGUCCCAUCCGACAACGCUGUGAAUCCAGCCGUGGUCAAGUUCCUCAACUACUACAACUGGAGCCGCGUGGGCACCCUCACGCAGGACGUUCAGAGGUUCUCAGAGGUGAGGAAUGAUCUGACCAGUGAGCUGGAUAAAGGAGACAUUCAGAUUGCAGAUACAGAAAGCUUCUCAAACGAUCCCUGUGUCAAUGUCAAAAAGUUAAAGGACAAUGAUGUGAGGAUCAUCAUUGGUCAGUUUGACGAGAACUUGGCCUCCAAAGUCUUCUGCUGUGCAUUUAACUUGAACAUGUUUGGUAGUAAAUACCAGUGGAUCAUCCCAGGCUGGUACCAGCAUAAGUGGUGGGAGCAGGCCAACACCACCAACUGUACUGUCAGGAAGCUUCUCACAGCCAUGGAGGGAUACAUCAGCGUGGACUUUGAGCCUCUCAGCUCACGGCCGGUCAAGGGCAUCUCGGGCAGGACCCCCAGUGAGUACGAGGAGGAGUACGAGAGAGAGCGUCGGCAGAAAGGCGUAGAGGCAAGCAAGUUUCACGGCUUUGCCUACGAUGGGAUCUGGGUUAUUGCUAAAACCUUGACUCGAGUGAUGGAGCUGCUCCGGAUUAAAGAAAGACAAAAUAGCUACCAUAACUUCACCGUGGAUGACCGAGAAGUGGGAAAACUGGUCCUGGAUGUUAUGAAUGAGACAAAUUUCAACGGUGUUACGGGUCAAGUCAUGUUUCGUAAUGGAGAAAGGAUGGGCACGAUAAAAUUCAACCAAUUUCAAGACGGACAGGAAAUUAAAGUAGGGGAGUACAACGCAAUUGCUGAUUUGCUGGACCUCAACAACACCUCCAUCAAGUUCCAAGGCAGGGAGCCUCCCAAAGAUCGUACGUUUGUGUUUCUACAGCGACGCCACAUCAACGUGCCGCUCUACAGCAUCCUGUCCACCAUGACCAUACUGGGCAUGCUCAUGGCUGGAGCCUUCCUGUUCUUCAACAUCAAAAACCGAAAUCACAGGCUAAUCAAGAUGUCCAGUCCCUACAUGAACAACCUGAUCAUCCUAGGAGGCAUGCUGUCCUAUGCCUCCAUCUUCCUGUUUGGUCUGGAUGGAGGUUUUGUUUCAGACAAACAGUUUGAGACACUUUGCACGGUUCGGACGUGGAUCCUCAUCGUUGGAUACACAACAGCUUUUGGCGCCAUGUUUGCCAAGACCUGGAGGGUGCAUGCCAUCUUUAAAAAUGUGAAGAUGAAGAAGAAGAUCAUAAAGGACCAGAAGCUGUUGAUUAUCGUCGGCGGGAUGCUGCUUAUCGACUUGUGCAUUCUCAUCUGCUGGCAGAUUGUGGACCCGCUCAGGAGGACCGUGGAGGAAUACAGCUUGGAGCCAGACCCACAAGGCCGGGACAUCGCCAUCCGUCCCUUCUUGGAGCACUGUGAGAACACCCACAUGACCAUUUGGCUUGGCAUCGUCUAUGCCUACAAGGGACUGCUAAUGCUGUUUGGCUGUUUUCUGGCAUGGGAGACCAGGAAUGUGAGCAUCCCUGCCCUAAAUGACAGCAAAUACAUCGGGAUGAGUGUGUACAAUGUCGGAAUCAUGUGCAUCAUCGGAGCUGCGGUGUCUUUUCUGACCCGGGAUCAGCCCAACGUUCAGUUCUGCAUUGUAGCCCUGGUAAUCAUCUUCUGCAGCACCAUCACACUCUGUCUGGUCUUCGUUCCCAAAUUAAUCACCAUGAGAACAAAUCCAGAUGCAGCUACCCAGAACCGAAGAUUAAAGUUCACCCAAAAUCAGAAGAAGGAAGAUUCAAAAACCUCCACCUCAGUCACCAGUGUCAACCAAGCCAACACCUCCAGACUGGAUGGUCUUCAAACGGACAACCACCGCCUUCGGAUGAGGAUAACUGAGUUGGACAAGGAGCUGGAGGAAGUGACCAUGCAGCUGCAGGAUACACCGGAGAAAACGCCCUACAUCAAGCAGAACCAUUACCCAGAUGCCAAUAACAUUCUGAGCAUACGCAACUUCACUGACGGGAAAGAUGGAGAGAAAUCAAUACUGAAAAACCACCUGGAGCAGAAACCACAAGCACAGUGGGGCUCCAUGGAUCCUUCCAGAAUAAGCAGAGGUCCCCUUGAGGAUAUCAACUCACCUGAACACAUACAGCGUCGACUGUCUUUGCAGCUGCCCAUUCUGCACCAUGCAUACCUACCUUCCAUAGGUGGGGUUGAUGCCAGCUGCACCAGCCCGAAUGGAAGCCCAGGUUCCAGCCCAAGGCACAGACACAUGCCCCCCUCCUACCGAGUAAUGGUCUCUGGCCUGUGAGCUUCGGCAUCCCUCCCACCUUGUGUUUUGCAGAGGAGACACAAAUGGUUCUUUUUUUUCUACAACGAAUAGACUGAUAUCGUCAGCGUCUGUGCGUAUUUUGUCUUGGACCAUAUAAGACUUGGGGAGAACAGAAUGAGGGGGGACCAAGUUUCACUCAUUAUACCUCUGCACCCCCAGUCUCUUGAGAACUGAGUGUCGGUCCUUAAAAACGUUUGUGAUUAACAUCCCUUUGGCCAUCUUCCCCUCAAUCUAGGCCUAUACACGUAUGCACAGUCAGACACAGACAACACAGAUACAAAUGCACAAACACAAUGACAGUCCAACAGCUGCGGUGGACCAGCUCUAAUCUCAUGUGUAGCCUUAUCUGCUUCAGAGGGGAUUAUUUGUUUCUGUCAAAUUUUUUUAUCUGUUGUAUGUACUGUAUGUGCUUGCAGCUACAUCUGAGCAUGUCAUCGAACUUGAGCAUUUUAGUGCUUCAGAGAUUGGAUAUUAGUUAAAGAACAAGAAAUGUGCAAGAUCCUACAAAACAGAAAGACACCACCCCCUUUCCAACCCUGUGCAGACAUGUAAAUAUCAUCGUUUCCAACAUUGAUGUACUGUAAAAUGUGUAUAUGCUGUGAAUGGAUGAUUAAAGGGGUUUUUAAGUUUGAACUGUGUAACAGAAGCAAGUAGAUAUGAACAUCUCCAUUGAAAACCUACAAAACAAAGUCUCCUAUACAUCAGAGGAAUACCAAAUACAUUUGUUAGCGUAACUAUUAUUAUAGUAGGUUACAGGCAUCAAACAGACGCAUGUCAUAUUUGUCCAAUCUGGACGUAGGUUCACAGUGCUCUUUUUUCUGUUUUGCUCAUCAUUCCGCUGCUAGUUUAUGUUAGAGCCCCCUUGUCAGGCUUAGCUGAGGCUUCCAUACUCUACGGCUGGUUUGAUUUAUCUUCAGAAGGCAUGUCUUACAGAAAAUGGAUGCUAUGUCUUUUAAUAGGUCUCCUAGUAUGUGUUAGAAAAAUAGAACAAAAAAUAAAACACCACAGGAUUUAUUUUACAUGUUACAUAAUAGGAAAUGCACAAAUACAGAUGUUCACUUAAAAGCCAAAAGAGCACCAUAUGAUUUACAGCUAAGGAUGCAUGAAUUCGUAUUGAAACCCACGGGUUUAUCCAUAUGGAUUACUAAGAUGUCAUAUCUAACUACCAUUCAGAGCAUUGGGGGUGUCAUUGACCUAGAAUUGGAAGAGUUUCUAAGGAAUGAAGCAAAUUCAGAAGAAACAAAACUAAACGAGGGACGGUGGAAAAAAUGUAGGUUUACUGUGGGAAACCUGAAUUUCCAUCCAAAGUCAUAAAGGCAGUAGACUCGUGGAGGUCUGGAGUUCUUAGCCCCAAGUGACUGUAGCUUCAGUUUCCAUGCAGCGACGCCACAGCUGUUGGUCACGGAGGUGCACCACAAACACAGGGCUUUCUUUCACAGAUCAGACCAAGUAUCCAGAAAAAAUCGUUCAUGCUUAGCAACAGUGAACAUACCUCGUUGCUACAGAAAUGUAAACCCGAUGAAGCGUCGCGUGUAACGUUUUUUCAAGAGUAUCGUUGGUUUUCACAAAACCAGGAAGUGCAGAAGGAAAGCAAACUGGAACUCUGUUGGAGGGGGGUGAAAUACUUUUUUAUCGGCAGUGAGAAGGUUCGUUCUCAGCAUAUUGUUUCACCAUUGGUGUCUUGGUUUUUAUUUUUUAAGGCGUUUGUUAAACGCUGUGCCUGUUGUCUUAUCUUGUAGCCUGCAGGACCCACACUACGUACUCUGGGUCAGGAUUGCGCUUACCCAGCAACGUGCAUUGGCCACACAUCUGUAAAACUGUACAAUGUGUCAUAGAUCAACUUAACGUGUCUGUGAACGGGACAGUGUGGGGCGUAGCUCCGCUUCCAGCCCUCGUUUGUGAACACUGGUGGAGCGGAAAUACAAACAAGCAGAGACCCAACUGCUGUCAGACAUAUCGGGGUGACUCCCACUCCUCCCCUUCCAGGCCCUGCCACGCACAGGAGCAGGGAAACCCUGAGCACAGAAUCUCCAAGGAGUCACAGUUCCUCCUGCACCUUUGCCAACCAGAGAAUCACAGUUACAGAAGAUGUGAGUGGGGAGACGAUAUCGAGAGGGUUGGUUCUUCCUUCAGGAGAAAUAAAAAAUAAAAAAAACAGCCAACCUGCACAUUUUAUAUAUGACAUUAUAUGUGAUUGUGUACAAUUUGCUGAUACCCUGAUGAUGGUGUCCAUGUAUGGAGUAUUUGGUAUUGGCUUUCUCAAGAUGGCAUGAAAUAAAAUGUAUAACUCACAGAGUUACCUCUGUUUUUGCAACUGUUGUGACAAACCCACUCUGUUCCAUCUUCUCAUCUGCAAUUUGGUUGAUUCCCUUCUGAGUUUUCGUUAAUCCUGCCGUCAACGCCAAGAUUCUCAGUGAACAAACUCGACAUAUUCCUAUCAAACUGGUUAAGCACCUGUUUACUGAGAGCAAUAAAGCUAAAGCAGCAGCUACUGGUUAAUUUUAAUGAAACCACCCCUGUAAUUUACAAAAAUACUAAAUUAUUUUUUCUAAACCAUCCAAAACCCCAAAAGCAGAUCACGAGGUGUCAUUUCGUUUUAAUGCAUGUAUUCUGUUAUCAAUCAUUUCAGUUGUUUUCAUGGAUAAAAAUAAUGUUCAAAUGCCAUUAUUGUGGGUCAAGGGCUCGUACUAUCCUGUAAUGAAGAGCGCCAUGCUGAUGGUUUGUAUUUGCCACAGGUCUGUUUACCUUUUCAGUUGGAAAACCGAUGUGACAUAUAUAAUAAUAUCUUUGUAUGUUUCAUUGUCAGGUUCUCUGGAGAAUACAACUUACAAAUGCAGAAAUAUAAUGAUAUGAAAAGUUUAUUAAGUGGAGAAACACAAAGGUCCAUUCUGUUACUGUUUUGUCAUUUCUGACGUGGGCAUCACGUUCAAUCCCAACUUUAAAACGAUGAACAAAACUUAUAUUAAUGCAACUUGUUCAAGAGGGGCAAUAACUUGUUUUCUUAUUAUGGAAAGAAUAGAGAAUUAUAUAUAUAUAUAUAUAAAUAAAUAAAUAUAUGUAUAUGUAAAGAUCCUUAUGUACGUUCUCGUUUUUAGGAAACAUUUCACAAAAAUGUCACAAGGGUUCUUUAAAGUAUUUUUUAUUUACAGUAUCUGUAACAAUGUUAUGUACAGAUCAGCAGGUCUAGAUAUGAAGAAGUUGUGUUAAAAAAAUAAAAAUAAAAAAAAAGCAUCACAUUUGAGACACCUGAACAAUUUUUUGUUGUUGUUUUGAGGACAGGGCGGGGAUUUGAAAAACAUUCUUUUGUUGUUGUUGUCUGAAUGUUAAGGGCAGCCUUUACUUUUCACAUCAUCAUUAAAUAAAGUGUUAAUUAAAAUAAA